UCAUUUCUAGAUUCCCCGCAGGAAGCUUCAAUUUCUGGAUUCCUCGUGAUGCAGCAAUAUUAAAGGUCACAAUCUCAGUAGGAAUGUUUGGCAUGGGAUAAAUCAGUUUUCUUGAAUUACAUUUUUAAAGGUCCGUAAGAUUCAAGACACUCAAAGCCUUAAUCCUUGCUCCACGCAUGUUCGCCUAGCAAAGCUGUCCUAGCUAGAUCUAACCAAAAGCUGGAGGACCACACACCCUACAGCAGGAAGAACAAGUGUGGCAGAAUUUCAGCUGUAGCCCUCUCCCGCGUGGUUGGACUGUUUACUAAUGGUGCUUCCUGGGGAAGCGGUGCUUAUGACAACCAGUGUAAACACUCACCACCCGGCCUCGGAGCAGGACUCUGGUCAUGGCUUUCUGUGAUAAAGAGUACUUUGAGAAAAUCGGGGAGCUUCAACAGAAUAUGCACAAAAGUGAAAAGAGAAGAUUUCAGUUGGAAAGAGAACUGUUAGCCAUCUGCACGUCUGGCAAGCAAGGUUCCGAGAUGAAGAAUACCAAACUGCGGUGUUAUCUGAAGCAGAUAUGCGAAAGAGAAAACCGGGCUAAAGCAAGAAACCUUGAGCUCCUAAGAAAUAUGGAGAUCAUAGAAUUUAACAUGAAGGCAUUGUGUUCUAACCACAGUGCGCUGCGUCAGAAAAAGCAGAUUGAAAUGCAGGGAAAGGCGUUACAAGGAUCCACGGCCAGUGACCACUCUCCACAUCUCGCUAAGGGUCUCUACCAACCUGCCGCCAUCUUCAUGAGUCACCAUACUUCCAGCUGUCUGCCUGUGGAGGCUGAGGGAAGGGAAGCUUCUGUCCAGCAGUGGAGUGUAGAGCACGAUGGGCUGGCCCGUCGUCCGGAGCUGUCGGAAAGCGGCACGUCGAAAAACCCGAGACUUUCGAGGAAGGGCACCGGCGGUCCCCCGCGUUCGUCCGCCGACUCCUCAGCUGUCGGCGAUGUCCCCGCUCGCCGAGAUGCGAGCGGCGGAGACGCGGGGACGGUGGCGAGGGCACCCUCCUCGCUCGACAUCGCGUCGCUGGCCCCCGGGCCGCACGUAAACCCCGGGCAGCUUUCACCUCGCGCGGCCUUGACGGCGUCGGAGCAAGAGGCACCGCCCCCGGUCGGUGUCGGUCACGAGGGGGCCAGGACGCCGCCUGCAGAAAGCCUUCCGGGGGGUCUCUCGAACGAUGGAGUCGCGGAGGGUGGUGACGAAAGUACCUCUCGGGCGUGCUCCCCUGAAUUUGGGUCUGGAGAAAAACGGCAAGAUGCUCUAGACAGCGAGAGCCUCCCGAGUCGGAGCACUGAAAGGAGCGUGGACCUCACCCUCAGCUCGGGGAGUGACCUUCCUCCCUCUCUGAGCGAGGGCAAGGACCCGGGUGGGCUUCGCAAGGGCACGGCCCUCCCGAGCGCUCGCAGCUUAAAGACCAGCAGGCCCGAGGGCGCCGCCGAUGGAAGCGACGAGCUUGUGGCUGCCGGCUACCGCGCCGCCGACGCGCGUCGGGAGUCGCAGGUCACUGAAGAGUCUCAGGUCGGAAGAGAAUCUUGGCGUGGCAAAACGAAAUCAACAUCAAAAGCGACCGCGCCGAUGCUGUCGCUGGAGGGAUUCUUUCAUUUACUGGAGUGCAUUGAAGAAAGGCUAGAUGAAAGGGAAAAAAAGGUGUAUAGAAUCUCAUCUGUCAGCGAGCAGCAUCUCAGCUAUUUGAUAAGCCUUUGCAACGGGAACGCUGCCCUGAAUGACGAGGACCUUGAAGCCUGUGGAGCCGUUGCCCUUCACCAGCUUCAGAGGCUGUCGUGGAACACGUCGAAGGGGUGCCUGUUGCCCCGAGAGGCGGUUAGCGCUAGCUGGACAGUGGCGGCAGAGGAGGGCAGAAUCAGGUCCUGCCUGUCCGCCGACGGAGCCAGGUUGUGGGACCGCUGGUUCAGACACGCCGUCGCGCUGCGGGACCGCGGCGCGCUCGCCGCCGACGGCAUCGCGAAGCUGUUCGCGCCGUUGCUGGUGGAGGAAGGCGCCUCUUACGCUGACGAGGCCGAAGCGCUCCUGAGCGUCAUGCUGGAGGAAGCCGGCGGAGAUGCCGCCUCCGUCGACAGCGAUGAGUCGUCCGGCGGUCUGCCGUCUCUCCUUUUCGAUGGCGGUGAAAUCAAAGCGGCCAGGCCUGCUGCUGGCUGGCAUGAAACCUACGCCCAUGGACAACAAAGUGGUGAAGAGGACAGCCGGGAAGAAAGCUUUGUGGAAAGUAUUCCUAUUAGAGAGACAAAAGCGUAUCAGCUGCUCAAACAGUCGGCCACGCAGCCCCGACCGCAGAGCCCUCCGGAGGACGAGGACGAGCUCGACGCGUUUCCGUCAGGAGUGACACAUGACCAUCAUAUGGAGAAUUCUGGGAAAGACGAUAGGACAAGAACAAGUUCGUCUUCAUUCAGUGAGCGCCUUCUUGUUGGGGCUGGAAAGGUGGCAAAGAGUGCAGUCCCUGCUGUGCAGUCAAAAGCUUUUUGGGGGGAAUCGGACGACAGCAACUCGGAGAUCGAAGCGGCCCUGCGCCCCCAGGCUCACGGCACGGCUGUUGACGACUUCGAUUAUUUCGACGAUUAAUUAAAUGAUCCACAUAGAAGACUGGAGUGCUACCAACAUUGAAAUGUACAUAAUUAAAGCAUGUGUCAUUACAACCACAAAAUUGUCUGUAUGUGGUGCCCUUUGUAAAAGCAUUGUUUGUUUUGUUUUUUUUUUCUCUAUGUACAAGAUAAUCUUUCUGCACUGGUAGACACCCCUACCCCCCAUUAUAUAUUUUCAGAAAAAUAAAAUCAAAUAGCUCUUAUUGUAGGGAAAAAAAUAUCUGAAGAGUUUUCUAACAUGCUGUUGUUAACCCUGCUUGAAUCUCUUUAUUUGAACAAUGCUCAGAACUCUUCAAAACAGGUUGAAAUAGUUUAAACUUAAUUUUUAAAGAGAUUUGUUUGCAUUGUGGCGAAUAUUAUACAUUUUAAAAUCUGCACACAUUUCAGAAAUGCUUUGCAUUCAGAAUGCGGCAAUAUAAUGAAGAGAGUCAACCCCCCUGUGAAAUUAUUUAGAACAAUGGAUAUCCCGGCUAUUACCAAGCCACCUUUGAACUCCGUGAAGUGGCUUCAUUUAUCAGAAUAAAAUGCGUGGUUUUAUUAACUAACUAAACCUGCGGAGAUGGAAAUCAGUGCCAGCGAUUGGUCAGAAGAACUGAUUUUCAGAUGCGCGGUAUCCAUGUGAAAUUAAACAACCGCUCGGUUCACACGGACAGAGUGCCUUUUUUCCUGAGCGCUCAUAAAUUAUGCAUUCUACUUAAAAUAAUUGCUUGUACACCACUUCUGCGCAGAUCCCCCCAUUACAGUAUGUUUAAAAACAGACGUGGAACCAAACCGAACGCUUCUUCCAUGCUGACACGAAGAGCUUCACUCUCCUAUUCCUGUUCAUUUGUGUCUUUACACUGGCCCGAGAAAUGUUUUUCUUUCUUAAAUCUUCUUUCUUACCUUGGUUGUAAGUUCUCAAAACUGUGUGCGUUGAUUCAUUAAAUUCUUAGUUUCAUUA